AUGUCGAAACAAUACCUCUCGAGGGGUUCUGUGGACAAUGCGCACAUUGUUGAUAUAUUCUCGCUGGCCAUAACAGACAAGCAAAUUCUAUCCGUCUCGGGUGCCUCGUCCAUCAAAGUGCAUUCCACGGAGGCUGACUUCCCACUGUUGCAAUCCAUUGAUGGUGCCCACACCAUUGGCUGCCAUCACAUCGUGACCAAUGGAGAUGGAUCGCGUGCAGUCACCUCUGGUUUUGACGGCGAAAUCAAAGUCUGGUCUUGUGAGAACGAUAAAUGGGCUGCAGACACAAAAUUGACUGCCGACCUCAAUGGUGCCGAUGCCUGGGCCAUAUCUAUUUCUGAAGAUGGCCAGUAUCUUGCUGGUGUCACACAGGAGGGACGCAUUAAUGUAUGGGAUCUGGGCGCCGAUGGCACUCGGAUUCGAGAUCAUGAGACCAAAGGCAGCUUUGGUACUUGCAUCGACUUGUCUCCCGAUGGUCGAUUGAUCGCUUCAGGCCAUGAAGACGGCGCAGUCUACAUCUUCACUACUGAAACAGGCCGCAUGCCUUUCUCUCUUUCAGGCCUGGUCAAUCCCGUGCGGGCUGUGGCUUUCUCACCUAAAAGCAGGAUUCUAGCAGCUGCUGGCGACUCCAAGGUCAUUGUGCUGUACGAUACUUCCUCUGGCGAACAGAUUGCCAAUCUCUCAGGGCACUCUGCCUGGAUCUUAUCCCUUUCCUGGAGCGACACUGGCGAGUACCUUCUGAGCAGUUCAUUUGACGGCAAAGUCAAGGUCUGGUCCAUGGAGACCAAGACCUGUGUCGCUACACACUCAGAAACCGAUAAAGCCGUUUGGAAUGCUAAGUGGCUUCCCAAGGUUGGCAAGACAGAAGGGUUUGCCACCGCUGGCGCAAACCGCAGCAUUGCAUUCUACCGCGAGGCUACUGGUUAA